GCCGCCGCCACACCCCCCAGCGCGGCUGCUCGGUGCUGCGGGACUCCCGCCUCAACAAGGUCUGGACCUAUUUUCAGUAGAACAAAGGGAAAAUUUGAUGUGACAAAACAAUUUGUUACUUUCAUGUGUAGCUUCCUUCUGUUUAUGACCAAGUAUGGAUCACCACUUAAAAGGACCACGUGAGUGGUAUAACCUGUUUGAAAUCCUCAAGUCAGGGGCAAGAGUGUCUGUUCUGAGUAGGAAGAUGGAAUAUGCACUCCCUGAGCAAGAGACUUGGCUUUUACCCUGGAAGAAAGACAACAAUUGAAUAUUCAUGGAUUAUUGCCACCUUGCUUCAUCAGUCAGGAUAUCCAGGUUCUUAGAGUAAUUAAAAAUUGUGAGCGUCUGAACUCUGACUUUGACAGAUAUCUUCUCUUAAUGGAUCUUCAAGACAGAAACGAAAAGCUCUUUUAUCGAGUGCUUAUGUCUGACAUUGAGAAGUUCAUGCCUAUUGUUUAUACCCCCACUGUGGGUCUGGCUUGCCAGCAAUAUAGUUUAGUUUUUCGGAAACCAAGAGGUCUUUUUAUUAGUAUCCAUGAUCGAGGGCAUAUUGCUUCAAUUCUUAAUGCAUGGCCAGAAGAUGUCAUCAAGGCUAUUGUGGUGACCGAUGGAGAGCGUAUUCUUGGCUUGGGAGACCUUGGUAGUAAUGGAAUGGGCAUCCCUGUGGGUAAAUUGGCUCUGUAUACAGCUUGUGGAGGGAUGAAUCCUCGUGAAUGUCUGCCUGUCACUCUGGACGUGGGAACAGAAAAUGAGGAGUUACUUAAAGAUCCGCUGUACAUUGGACUCCGGCAGAGAAGAGUGAGAGGUCCUGAAUAUGAUGCUUUUUUGGAUGAAUUCAUGGUGGCAGUUUCUUCCAAGUAUGGCAUGGAUUGCCUUAUUCAAUUUGAAGAUUUUGCCAAUGUAAAUGCAUUUCGUCUCCUGAACAAAUAUCGAAACCAGUAUUGCACAUUCAAUGAUGAUAUUCAAGGAACAGCAUCUGUUGCAGUCGCAGGUAUCCUUGCAGCUCUUCGAAUAACCAAGAACAAACUGUCUGAUCAAACAAUACUAUUCCAAGGAGCUGGAGAGGCUGCCUUAGGGAUUGCACACCUGAUUGUAAUGGCCAUGGAGAAAGAAGGUUUACCAAAGGAGAAAGCCAUAAAAAAGAUAUGGAUGGUUGACUCUAAAGGAUUGAUAGUUAAGGGGCGUGCUGCCUUAACAAAAGAGAAAGAGGAAUUUGCUCAUGAACAUAAAGAAAUGAAAAACCUAGAAGACAUUGUUCAAGAAAUAAAACCAACUGCUCUCAUAGGAGCUGCCGCAAUUAGUGGGGCAUUCUCCGAACAAAUCCUCAAAGACAUGGCUGCCUUCAAUGAACGGCCUAUUAUUUUUGCUCUGAGUAAUCCAACCAGCAAAGCAGAAUGUACUGCAGAGCAGUGUUAUAAAGCAACCCAGGGGCGUGCGAUUUUUGCCAGUGGCAGUCCUUUUGAUCCAGUCACUCUUCCAGAUGGUCGGACCCUGUAUCCUGGCCAAGGCAACAACUCCUAUGUGUUUCCUGGAGUUGCCCUUGGUGUUGUGGCGUGUGGAUUGAGGCAUAUCACAGACAAGGUUUUUCUCACUACUGCUGAGGUUAUAGCUCAGCAAGUGUCAGAUAAGCACUUGGCAGAAGGCCGCCUGUAUCCUCCUUUGAACACCAUUAGAGAUCUUUCUCUGAAAAUCGCAGUAAAGAUUGUGAAAGAUGCAUACCAAGAAAAGACAGCCACAAUUUAUCCUGAACCCCCAAACAAGGAAGCGUUUGUCUGCUCUCAGAUGUAUAGCACUGAUUAUGACCAGAUUCUACCUGAGGAGGCCCAGAAAAUACAGACCAAACCUGACCAGUAACAUAAUAACUAACAUUUCUAACUCCAUUAAUGAGAUCUGAAGUCUUUCAUAAUUUUUAAAGAUUAGAAUCUUUUAUAACGAUUUACAAUAUGCUAGAUUAAGAUAAUAUUACUUUAACAAUCUAAAAAUUUAUGGGAAAAUAUUAAUAUACUUUAGGGCACAUAUCAUACUAGACAAUUUUGCUUCAUUUACUGUCUGGUUAUUUAUGAUUUCUAUCUUGUUUUGCCCAAGUUCUCUUUAAAAGCUAUUGUACCUACUACUGAGAAACUCAUUGUUUUUAUAUAGAGAACUAAUGGGAAGACCAAAAUUAGUAAUAAAUUGAUAUGAUUAAAAUUAAAACCCAUCAUUCUUUGGUUGACCAUUUUGUUAAAAAUCUUUUUUUAUAUAUAGACAGAAAUAUAUUUAGGCAUAAAUGAACUUUUGCUAAAAACAGAAAUAACACCUUGUUGCCUAGAGAAAUAUAACUUCUCAGGUAUUUUUAUUCCAAUUCCAGACCAUACUUGUUCUUUUGGUGCAACUGAAUUCUAACAUUUCUAAGGAAGAUUGUUGCUGUUUACAAUGCAUUGGGCAGCCUUAGGUUUUAAUAUGCUUUCUCCAUUGUUACAUCUUCUUAUCACCUUGGCCUCCAUCACACAUCCCUUCUCAUAGCACCUUUCUUUCCCCUGGCUAAGUGCCCUGUCCUUCAGCUCCACUUUACCGCUGCCAGGCCUGUGAGGACUGUGGCUCCUGUCCUGAGGUAGGUACCUUCAGUUCAGCACAGCCUGAGCAGUGGGAAGAGCGGAGGGGAGAGUAGGUCAGCUCCUUGAGAAAGGGCUAUCUGUGGAGCCAACCUCUUAAGACAAGGAUCUGCAGAGUCGGGAGCAAGAGCCUGGUUCCCGGACAAGCUGGGUUCCCCCUUGAGUGACCUGCUCUAAUGUCCCCUUGAUUCUCUCAGAUAAUCAAGAGCUCCUUUUGUGGUUACGGUAAACACAAUUUCCUUUGAAUUUGGAGAAAAUUUUGUAACCACCCCCAAUAUCAGAAAUCUUUACAUUAGAUAUUAAAAUAUUCUAAUUACCAUUCGUAGUUACAGCCAAGAAAUUCAUGUUCAUUUCAAGCUUUACUUUAGAAACUAAUCACUGAACUAGUGGAGACAAUUUUAAGUUCAUAAGCUCAGGUACAAUAACGUUUGCUAUUUACUUGUAGAAUUUUUCGGAGAAUUUUCUGGUUUUUGAAGUAAUGCUUUUAAAGAAUAUAAAAAGAUGUUCAAGGUAAACUAUACCAUAAAAUGAUUUUAUUGUAAGUGGAAGGUUACAGAUUGUUUUAAGUGAGUGUAGAAGGGGUGGGGGUAUUUCUGAAGAUAAGAUUUAGUCAAGAAUUUCCUCAAUAUAGUUAUUUUGAUAAGAUGCAGAACGCCUCUUUUUUGUCUGUUUUGAUGUUGUCUUAUAGCUCUAACUAAAUGUACUUACCUAUGCAAAAGACUUAUUAAAGCACAGAAAAAGUGAA